CUGAGUGUGUGCGUGUGCGUGUGUGUGUGGCUGCGUGUUUGAGUGGGUGUGUGCUUGUGUCUACGCGUGAAGUGUGAACCAGAAAGCGAUUUAUUUCCACUUUGUUUGGACGAGAAGAAGAAACGCAUUAAGAUGUGUGGGAUUUUCGCCUACCUGAACUACAGAGUUCCACGCACCAGGAAGGAGAUCUUUACUACACUGGUGAAGGGACUGCAGAGACUCGAGUACAGAGGUUACGACUCUGCAGGUAUUGCGGUGGAUGAUGGCAAAUCAAACAUCUGCCUGUAUAAGAAGAAGGGAAAAGUGAAAGCCCUGGACGAGGAGCUGUACCAUAAAGACAAUAAGAUUGAUUUGGAAGCAGAAAUCGACACACACUUUGGCAUCGCUCACACUCGCUGGGCGACCCACGGAGAACCGAGCGCCGUCAACAGCCACCCUCAGAGAUCCGACAAGAACAAUGAGUUUGUGGUGAUCCACAAUGGCAUCAUCACUAACUACAAGGAGCUGAGGAAGUAUCUGACCGACCACGGCUACGAAUUUGAGUCAGAGACGGACACUGAAGUUAUCCCCAAGCUGAUCAAGUAUCUUUAUGACAACCGUGAGAGCGAUAGUGUGUCCUUCUCCACCCUAGUGGAGCUUGUCAUCAAGCAGCUGGAGGGGUCUUUCGCUCUCGUUUUCAAGAGUGUUCACUUCCCAGGACAGGCUAUCGUCACCAGGAGAGGAAGUCCUCUGCUCAUCGGUGUCCGAAGCCAGUACAAGCUCUCGACUGAGCAGAUCAACAUUCAGUACAAUGGGGAAACAAGAGGUGUGAGUAAGAACCUAAUCAACAGUAUAGACAGCAGUAAUGCGCUGCACUCUGUGAAUGACAGGAUGGCUGUGGAGUUUUACUUCGCCUCCGAUGCCAGUGCCAUCAUUGAACACACCAAUAAGGUGAUCUAUCUGGAGGAUGAUGACAUCGCGGCUGUGGCCGAGGGGAAGCUGUCUCUGCACCGCAUGAACCGUAGUGUCGGAGAGGACCCGGUCCGAGUCAUCCAGACCCUGCAGAUGGAGCUACAGCAGAUUAUGAAAGGCAACUUCAAAGCCUUCAUGCAGAAGGAAAUCUUCGAGCAGCCCGAGUCUAUCUUCAACACCAUGAGAGGCCGGAUCUGCUUCGACGCCAAAGCAGUGGUGCUUGGUGGUUUGAAGGAUCAUCUGAAGGAGAUCAAGAGAUGCCGGCGCCUCAUUAUAAUCGGCUGUGGCACCAGCUUUCACGCAGGAAUUGCAACACGUCAGGUCCUGGAGGAACUAACAGAGCUCCCCGUAAUGGUGGAGUUGGCCAGCGACUUUCUGGACCGCACCACUCCAGUCUACAGAGAUGAUGUUUGCUUUUUUAUCAGUCAAUCAGGUGAAACAGCUGACACUCUGAUGGCUCUGCGCUACUGUAAACAGAAAGGGGCUCUCACCGUGGGCAUCACCAACACAGUGGGCAGCUCCAUUUCCAGAGAAACUGACUGCGGAGUCCACAUCAACGCUGGGCCUGAGAUUGGCGUAGCCAGCACCAAGGCCUACACUAGUCAGUUUGUGUCUCUGAUCAUGUUUGGUCUGAUGAUGAGUGAGGACAGACUCUCGCUGCAGCCGAGGAGACUGGAGAUCAUCGAAAGCCUUCGCAGACUGCCAGAGAUGAUCAAAGAGGUGUUGGCUCUUGAUGACAAGAUCAAAAGUAUCGCAGAUGAGCUGUUCCAGCAGAAAUCUCUACUAGUCAUGGGCCGUGGUUACAACUACGCAACCUGCCUAGAGGGGGCGCUGAAAAUUAAGGAGAUCACGUACAUGCACUCUGAAGGGAUUCUGGCCGGAGAGCUGAAACACGGCCCCUUGGCUCUGAUUGACUAUCACAUGCCUGUCAUCAUGGUGAUCAUGAGAGAUGCCUGCUACACCAAGUGUCACAACGCCCUGCAGCAGGUCACAGCCAGACAGGGUCGUCCCAUCAUUCUGUGCUGCAACGACUCAGAGACUAGCAAAAUGGCUUACAAGACCAUCGAGCUGCCCCACACAGUAGACUGCCUGCAGGGGAUCCUCUGCGUCAUUCCCCUGCAGCUCUUGUCCUUCCACCUGGCUGUACUCAGAGGAUACGAUGUGGACUGUCCAAGGAACCUGGCCAAGUCGGUGACAGUGGAGUAACCAGUGACAGGAAAAGCACAUGUCCCGAGUAGCAACAAAAUGGAGAACAUCUCCCAUCCUAGUGCAAUUACAAGUGUGCGUGUUUACGUGUGAGAGACGUGUGUGUAUGUGCAUGUAUGAGUGUGUAUGAAUGUAUGUGCGGAAACUUGAGCAUAUUUAUGAAUUAUAACCAAAACCAACUAAACCAAUGUGAAUGUGGUCUGUGCAUUAUGUGCAUUCAGUCUUUCAUUCCUAAGCGCCUAAAGUUAAGGGAAACCCUAAACUGUGCCUUAAAAGUGCUGAGCUGUGGAGAAGUUGAUUCCAGAGAACCUCAGCCAGGUCGAAUGUUUACUGUUUUCAUACCAAAGUGCAAUAUUUAGAAGCUAACGGGAACCGAAAAGACCUUCACAGGUCGAGUUGAGGAAAAAACCCAUGAUGAUGCUUAGCUGAAGUGAAAGUUGAUUAGUUGAUAUCGAAAGCACAGAAAAACACUGUAACGCCACCUACCCAUCUCAUUUGACACCUUUAAUAGUAUUUCUUUAAGCGAAUACAUUUUUUUUAAUAGUUUGUCAGAAAAAUUGGAAACUAUAGAGCCAGAUUCAUGACAUCAUGAUUUCACUGUGGAAUUCUAAAUACACUCCAUUGUGUUAUUGUACAUUCUUUUUUUUUUUUUUUUUUAGAUAAACAUGAUUUAAGUGAUUCCAUCUAUUUAUGUUGUGUAGAAAUAGAUAAGUUAUUUUAUACUUUUCUGGGCUUGAGCUUAAUCUUCUAUAUUCUUUCUAUUAUAUAUUCUACUUUUACGUUCUAUGUUUAUAUUCAUGAAUGCAAAUCAGUUUUUAUUAUACUUUAUUUUUUCAAAUACGGGAUCAUGGAGGAAUGUUUGCAUAUGAAAUUUGGAAAUGUUUUUUAUUUGUAACUGUGAUCACUUGUAAUGAGACUAAUGAAUAAAUCGUGUAUAAUGGGA